AUAUUCCAUAGAUUUCAAACGUUUGUGUUUAUUUUUCAGUGCUUUGAUCAAGUUGAUACAGAAGAAAGUACAUAUGCAUCUGGAUACAAAUUGAGAGAACGUCCUAUCCAGCAAUUUGAUGAUAAUUACUCUGAUGUGACACAGCAGUCCCAGUCUUUAUCGCAGCCUUUGUCCCAAAUAUCUAAUUGGAGUGAUGAAAUGGAAACUACUUUGGACCAAGCAAAUGCAAAAUUGAAAAUACUAAAUUGUAAAUCAAGUCCGUUAAGAGGACAGUUACUUUCUGAUAUAUCUUCCCUGAAGGACAGUACCAUUCGCUAUUAUAAGCGUAAAGCAGACGAAUCUGUAGAUUCUGUACUUAACAUUAUUGCUCCAGGGCAAUCAAAGGAGUUAAAAAAACUUAUAAUGUCAGAACCAACAAAGCCUCCAACAGAUGAUGAGCUCACUGAUACCAUUUUUAAACUGUAUGAAGAAACAGCAGACAACAAACUUCAAACACAAAUUCUAUCAAUUGUUUCCCAAAAAAUGACAAAAGGUGAAAUUAUGCAGCGUCUGCCUGACAUAACAAAAUAUAAAAUAGACCAAGCAAGACUGCUAUCAAAAUCUGGGUCUGGUUUGGUUAUUGAAGAAAAAGUAAGGAGACCUAGAGAGCGUAUGGAUCAGGAGAAAAUGCAACAUGCUUUAAACUUUUUUUUCGAUCCAUCAUUCGUACAGAUAGUGUCAUAUGGUACCAGAGAAUUGUCAUUUGACACUGGAGAAAAUGUGACAAUUCCAGACGUUGUGAGAACAUCUUGUCAUUCACAAAUUGUGCAAAUGAAUUUUUCUUACUGUAAAGAUCUCAACUUUGAACCCCUUGGAAAGAGCUCACUUUUCAAAAUUCUCACAGCUUGUGCAGCCUCACAAAGAACCAAUCUUCAUGGCCUUGAUAAUAUAGCAGCUAAAGGUGUUGAAGCUUUUCAAUCACUUCAUGAAUUUGUCAACAAUUUGAAAAAAAAAUCUUCUAUUUCUUCCGAUAUUCACACUGAAUUGACCACAACUUUAACCGCAUCCCGUAUUUAUCUUAAGACCGACUUUAAACUUCAUAUCAACCAAUCAAAUAUGUGUGCAGAUCACUGUAUAAACUGGUAG